UCUCAUUCAUACCCAAGCUACUAUUAUUAUGGUGAAAAGAAUACCAAGUAGGUGGGCAGGUGUGAUGGAAGAAUUUCAUCGCUACUUUUCAUCGGGCCAGUUUUUAGUACUUGAUUUGAUUUUACUUGACUGGUUUUUUACCCUGGCUGUCACUCUCUAUAAUUGUAUUGAAGGAAUUCUUAAUCCUACAGCUUCUACUUUAGAGUAUCGGCAUAGUAAAUAUCUACAUAUCUAUACAUAGAUAUAUAUGUAUAUCUCUAAGGAUUUCUGUUCUCUUCUAUUCAACCAUGGCGUAUCUUG